CGGUUAGAAUACACAGACACGGUAUACACGGGACGCGGCUGCGCCCUAUCCCAGACGGACGGGCUGUUGGUUUGUUUUGACGUCUUUUAAAUCCAGUUAACAACUGCUUUUUUUACUGGGACGUUAAUAGGAAUUCGUGGUUUACCUGGUCUGGAUUCCCGUUUUGAGAAGAAAGAGUGCGGAUGGAACUUCUCUCAUCUUGACGUCAGCUCGGGAGUGGAAGUCAUCUGGAAUUACAUAUUCCGCCUCAGCGCUACUGUGGUAACUGGAAUCUAAGAUUAGAAGAGUUUUGUGGAGGAUAAUUUAUUUUAAAUGGAUUCUUUCUUCGUAAAGGGGGCCCUUGUCUGGCUGCGGGACAAAGAUCAGCUCCUUCCUGCUACUGUCAGCUCCUGUUACCACGAUGACGGAUCCCUGGUCCUCACCACCAACUAUGAGAAGGUGAUGUACCUGCAGCAGGGGGAGCUGAGCAGAGACAAGGUGUUUCCUAUGCACCCCACCAGUAUUAAUGGAGUAGAGGACAUGUCUACUCUGGCAGAACUACAUGAAGCUGCCAUCAUGUACAACCUUUACCUGCGCUACCAGAAGGACUGCAUCUAUACCAACAUAGGGUCAAUCCUGGCAGCUGUGAACCCCUACAAGCAGAUCCCAGGUCUGUAUGACCCAGCAGCAGUAGACCUGUAUAGUAGACACCACCUGGGAGAGCUGCCCCCUCAUAUCUUCGCUGUGGCCAACGAGUGUUACCGCUGUCUCUGGAAGAGACACGACAGCCAGUGUGUUCUCAUCAGUGGAGAGUCAGGAGCAGGGAAGACAGAGAGUACCAAGCUGCUGCUCCAGUUCCUGUCUGUGAUGUCACAGAAGUCUGCCGGCACAGCCCCCUCUGAGAAGAGCACCCGCGUGGAGCAGGCCAUCGUUCAGAGCAGCCCCAUCAUGGAGGCGUUUGGGAAUGCCAAGACGGUGUACAACAACAACUCUUCCCGCUUUGGGAAGUUUAUCCAGCUCCACUUCUCCCAGAGUGGCAACAUCCAGGGAGGCUGUAUCAUUGACUAUUUACUUGAAAAGAACCGUGUGGUGAGGCAGAACCCUGGAGAGAGGAACUAUCAUAUCUUCUAUGCUCUGCUGGCCGGGGCAGACAAGAACCACAGAGAGUUGUACUUCCUGUCUGAGGGCCCAGAGUCAUACCACUACCUGAGUCAGUCUGGCUGUGUGAAGGACAGGAGUCUAGAUGACCUGCAGCUCUAUGACAGUGUUAUGGAGGCUCUAAAGGUGAUGCAGUUCAGUGAGGAGGAGAUACGUGACGUCUUCAAGCUGCUGUCUGCUGUUCUCCUGAUGGGGAACAUAGAGUUCAUGACCGCAGGAGGAGCACAGAUCACAUCCAAAGGAGUGGUCAGUAAUGUCAGUGAUCUGCUGGGCCUGGACUCAUUCCAGCUGUCUGAGGUUCUGACCCAGAGGUCCAUGAUCCUGAGAGGAGAGGAGAUCUGUUCACCCCUUACUGUUGAACAGGCGGUGGACUCUCGGGACUCGGUUGCCAUGGCGUUGUACGCCCAGUCUUUCUCCUGGAUUAUCACACGGAUCAACCAGAAGGUCAGAGGGAAGGACAACUUCAAGUCCAUCGGCAUCCUCGACAUUUUCGGCUUCGAGAACUUUGAGGUGAACAGGUUUGAACAGUUCAACAUCAACUACGCCAACGAGAAGCUCCAGGAAUACUUCAACAAACACAUCUUCUCCCUGGAACAGCUGGAGUACAACAGAGAGGGGAUCCAGUGGGAAGCUAUAGACUGGAAGGAGAAUGCAGAGUGUCUGGACCUCAUCGAGAAGAAACUGGGCAUGUUGGCUCUGAUCAACGAGGAGAGUCGCUUCCCUAAAGGCACCGACUACACCCUGCUAGAGAAACUACACAGUAGACACGCUACUAACCACUACUACAUGAAGCCCAGAGUUACGGAUCACCAGUUUGGCAUCAAGCACUAUGCUGGAGAGGUCCUGUAUGACGUCAGAGGGAUCCUGCAGAAGAACAGAGACACCUUCAGAGAUGACAUCUUAAACAUGCUUAAAGACAGCAGGCUGGACUUCAUCUAUGACCUGUUUGAGCGUGUCGGGAGCAGGAACGGAGAGGAGACCCUGAAGAUGGGGACGGCCAGACGCAAACCCACCGUCAGCUCUCAGUUCAGGGACUCUCUCCAUUCCUUGAUGAACACUCUGAGUGCCUCCAACCCUUUCUUUGUGCGCUGCAUCAAACCCAACAUGAACAAGAACGCCAACAUGUUUGACCCAGAAGUGGUCCUGAACCAGCUGAGGUAUUCUGGGAUGUUGGAGACCGUGAAGAUCCGCAGGGCUGGGUUCCCUGUCCGCAGGACCUUUACAGACUUCUACAGCAGGUACAUGAUGAAAGACAACCGCCCGACCGAUGACCCGAGAGGGAGGUGUACAGAGCUGCUGAUGUCAUACGACCCUGCCAAGAGAGACUGGCAGCUGGGGAAGACUAAGGUGUUCCUGAAGGAAGAGCUGGAACAACGGCUGGAGAAGGAGAGGGAAGAGGUGCGGAGACAGGCGGGCAUGGUGAUCCGGGCACACAUACUCAGCUAUGUGGCAAGGAAGCACUAUAGGAGGGUCCUGACCAGCACCAUCAUCAUCCAGAAGAACUACAGGGCUCACUUCUGGAGACGCGUGUUCCUGCGGCUCCGUGCUGCAGCUGUCCUUCUCCAGAAACACCAACGUGGUCGGCUGGCCCGAGGCCUCUAUCGACAGCUCUCUGAGGAGAAAAGGAGGAGGGAGGAGGAGGAGAGAAGGCAGAGGGAGGAGGAGGAGAGGAGGAGUAGGGAGGAGGAGAGCAGGAGGCUGGAAGAGGAGACGAGACGAGAGCAGGAGGAACGGAGGAGGAGGGAGGAAGAGGAGGAGGAGCGGAGGAGGAGAGAGGAAGAGGAGCGGAGAAGGAGAGAGGAAGAGGAGGAGAGACAAAGGGUGUUAGAGCUGGAGGAGUUGAGGAAGAAGGAGGAGAGACUGAGACUACAACAGGAGCAUGAAACACUGAGUAGAAAAGAGGAGGAGCUUAGCAACGGACAGGAAGAGAAGAAAAACACUACAGCUAACAACAGGAACUCCCUGAGGAUGGAGUAUCUUGCUCCCCAUGAGGAGGUGUACCACAAGGAGGUGUCCCUGUCCCACUCCCUGCACCACCACACCUCCGAGGAGGAGUCCCGUCAGAUGGAGGAGAUCCUUCGACUGGAGAAGGAGAUUGAGAGGCUGCAGCGCCAGAAAGAGGACGGGGUGUCCAUGUUAGGGGACGGCCUUGGAGGGAACGGGGAGGAGCUCCGGCAGAGGAGGGACGCAGAGAUCUACCGGCUGGAGAAGGAGGCGUCUCGCGUGGCUACAGAGUUCCUGGAGCUCCUGGACUUUGGGGGUCUGGAACAGAGUCUGUCCAGCGAGGAGAAUCUCCACGACCCCUCAGAGAGCACCGCUCCCCUGGGCCGGGCCGAGGAGGAGGUGGAGGAGGUGGAUGAGGGCUUCCAUGCUAAGGAGGAGUGUCCCGGUAGUGGUAUCCCCCUUCCUGACUUCCCUCUCCCUGGGGAGAUCCCUCUGGACCAGGAGCUCUUCUCCUCCCUCCCUCCUCCUCCUCCGGCCUUCGCUGAGGGACUAGUAGCACAGGCCCUGGCCCUCUCACAGGCCCCGUGUUGCCCCCCUGUUUACUACCCCCUCACCUCCUAUGGAUCUAGUGUCCCUACACACCACCCUGCUCCACCUCCUCUCCCUGCCCUCACCACCGGAGGAGGUAAAGCUUUGUGCCACCAACCCACCAGGAGAACAGAGGUGGCUCCAGACAUCAACAGAGUACCCAGAAGAUUCGAGGUUAUACCCAACAGACCCUGCGCCAGGGUAGACGUUAUACCCACCACAGUCCCUGAGGCUGUGCCAGUGAGAAGAGGAGACGUGGUUCCCACUAGGGUAGACUUUAUGCCCACUGUGCCUGUCCCAGGAGCCAGGGAGGAGAUCUCCUUUAGCAUCCUACCAGACACAGAGUCAGACUGUGACCAGGAGGAGUUUGAGGAGGUGCAGGGGAGUACAGGCUCGGGAGACGGAGCCAGUAUCACGGACGGACAUGCUACUGAUGAGGAGGUGCUGAGGAAAUCAUCCUGUACUCAGAACAGCCUGGACUCCUUCAGAGGCAGCUCAGACUCUUUUAUCGACAGUGACACAAGCACCGAUGGUUAUGUGGACACAGACGAGGAGGUCUCCAAUGGAAGGGUCAAUAUACUGAACGGCUCUGGGCCUCCAUACUUUCACAGCUACCUCUACAUGAAGGGUGGACUGAUGAUCCCGUGGCGACGGAGGUGGUGUGUGUUGAAGGACGAAACCUUCAUGUGGUUCAGGGCUAAGCAGGACAGUCUGAAGAGUGGCUGGCUGUAUAAGAAGGGAGGUGGCAUGUCUACUCUGUCCAGACGGAACUGGAAGCUGCGCUGGUUCGUACUGAGAGACGAUAAACUCAUGUACUUUGAGAGCGACAGCGAGGAGAAACUGAGGGGGACCAUCGACAUCCGCUCCGCCAAGGACAUAGUAGAUAACCAUGCCAAGGAGAAUUCUCUGAACAUUGUGACUGAAGAGAGAACCUACCACAUCUACGCAGAGACUCCUGAAGAUGCCAGUGGCUGGUUCAACGUGCUGAGUCGUGUCCAGAGUGCCAGUCCAGACCAGCUGAUGGAGAUACAUCAUGAGCAGGCCAAUCCCAAGAAUGCUGUGGGAACUGUGGAUGUUGGACUGAUCGACUCUGUGUGCGCGUCAGACAACCCUGACAGACCCAACUCGUUUGUCAUCAUCACUGCUAACCGUGUGAUCCACUGCAACACUGAGAUGCCUGAAGAGAUGCACCACUGGAUCGGCCUGCUGCAGAAACCUAAAGGAGACGCCAGGAUAGACGGACAGGACUUCCUGGUCAGAGGUUGGCUUCACAAGGAGAUAAGGGCUAAGAGCACUAGUCUGAAGCUGAAGAAGAGAUGGUUUGUAUUGACCUCUAACUCUCUGGACUACUACAAGUCUUCAGAGCGCAGUGUGUCCAAGCUGGGGACCCUGGUCCUCAACAGUCUCUGCUCUGUGGUCCAGCCCGACGAGAAGGUCUUCAAGGACACCGGUUACUGGAACAUUAUCGUCCACGGCCGUAAACACUCGUACCACCUCUACACCAAACUACUGAACGAGGCUAUGCGCUGGGCGUCGGCCAUACAGGGGGCUGUCGACAGCAAGGUUCCCAUAGAGACACCCACACAGCAACUCAUCAGGGACAUCAAGGAGAGCAGUAUGAACGUGGAGGCUGUAGAACAGACGUACUGGAGGAACCCUAUCCUCAGAUAUACCCAGCACCCCCUCCACUCCCCCCUGCUGCCUCUGCCUUACGGGGAGGUCAACAUCCACCUCCAAAAGGAGAAGGGCUAUGCCAGCCUGCAGGAUGAGGCAGUGAAGAUCUUCAACUCUCUACAGGAGAUGGAGGCUGUGUCUGAUCCGGUCCCGAUCAUCCAGGGCAUCCUCCAGACCUGCCACGACCUGCGCCUGCUCCGAGACGAGGUCUACUGUCAGCUCAUCAAGCAGACCAAUCAUGUGCCACAGCCCAACAGCUCGGCCAAUCGUGCCCACUGGCACCUCCUCACCUGUAUGAGCUGUACCUUCCUGCCCAGCCGGGGCAUCCUGCGUUACCUCAAGUUCCACCUCAAAAGGGUGAAGGAGCAGUUUCCUGGAACAGAGGUGGACAUGUUUGCCCAUUUCAUAGGUGAGUCUCUGAAGAGGACCAAGGUCAGGGACUAUGUACCGUCUCAGGAGGAGAUCGUAGCCUUACUGACCAGGCAGGAAAUGACUACUACGGUCUACUGCCACGGAGGAGGAUCCUGCAAGAUCUCCAUCAACUCACACACCACUGCUGGAGAGGUGGUGGAGAAGUUGAUCCGAGGCCUGGCCAUGGAGGACAGUAGAAACAUGUUUUCCCUGUUUCAACACAACAACACUACGGACCGGGCUGUGGAGAGCAGAGUCAUCGUGGCUGACGUACUCGCCAAGUUUGAGAGGCUGUCAGGCAGUGAGGAAGUAGAGGAGGAGGGACAGUGGAAGCUCUACUUCAAACUCUACUGUUUCCUGGAUGUAGAGAGCAUGCCCAAGGAAGGGGUGGAGUUCGCUUUCAUGUUCGAACAGGCUCAUGAGUCUCUGACCAGCGGUCACCUCCCGGCCCCAGAAGACACGCUGCAGCACCUGGCCGCUCUCAGGCUCCAGUUCCUCCACGGAGACAAGGCCCGGGUCAGCUGGUCUCUGGACACCGUCUACCCUGUAGGCAGGCUCCGCGCACGUAUCCUGCACUUCACCAAGGUGGGCGCGGCCGGCGGGACGGGGCCAGGGGGCCACACCCUGGAGCGGAGGCGGACCAGCUUCCUGGACGGGACCCUGCGCCGCAGCGGGCUGAAGACGGGCUCCAUGAAGAAACAGAAGAUGGAGGAGGAACAGAUGCUAGAGAUGUGGGUGAAGGAGGAGACCUCAGCCACCAGAACCUCCAUCUUAGAGAAGUGGUCCCGUCUCCAGGGACUGGACCAGCACACAGCCAUGCUCAAAUACAUGAACAUCAUCAAGGAGUGGCCUGGAUAUGGGUCCACACUGUUCGACGUGGAGUGUAAAGAAGGAGGCUUUCCUCAUGACCUGUGGCUGAGUGUGAGUGCAGAGAACGUGUCGGUCUACAAGAGAGGAGAACCCAAACCUCUGGAGACGUUCCCCUACGAACACAUCAUCUUCUUCGGAUCUCCCCAGGCCACGACUUAUAAAAUCACAGUGGACGACAGAGAGAUGUUCUUUGAGACACCUCUGGUUGGAGAGAUCACCAAGAUCAUGAAAGCCUACAUCAACAUGAUAGUGAAGAAGAGAUGCAGUGUCAGAUCUGUGUCCAGCUACGGAACCAACUGGAUCAGGUGAUUAGGGACAGGACAGGACACAGCCCAGCUUGCUUCCCACCGCCCCAGGCUAACAGGACAGGACACAGACCAGUUGACUUCCCACUGCCACAGGCUAACAGGCUAACAGGACAGGACAGGACACAGCCCAGCUGGCUUCCCCUGCCCCAGGCUAACAGGACAGGACACAGACCAGUUGACUUCCCACUGCCACAGGCUAACAGGCUAACAGGACAGGACAGGACACAGCCCAGCUGGCUUCCCUGCCCCAGGCUAACAGGACAGGACACAGACCAGUUGACUUCCCACUGCCCCAGGCUAACAGGACAGGACACAGACCAGUUGACUUCCCACUGCCCCAGGCUAACAGGCUAAAAGGCUAACAGGCUAACAGGACAGGACACAGACCAGUUGACUUCCCACCGCCCCAGGCUAACAGGACAGGACACAGCCCAGCUGGCUUCCCCUGCCCCAGGCUAACAGGCUAACAGGAUAGGACAGGACACAGUCCAGUUGGCCUCCCACCGUCCCAGGCUAACAGGAUAGGACAGGACACAGCCCAGCUGGCUUCCCCCGCCCCAGGCUAACAGGAUAGGACAGGACACAGUCCAGUUGGCUUCCCACCAUCCCAGGCUAACAGGCUAACAGGCUAGGACAGGACACAGACCAGUUGACUUCCCACCAUCCCAGGCUAACAGGCUAGGACAGGACACAGUCCAGUUGGCUUCCCAACGUCCCAGGCUAACAGGCUAAAAGGCUCACAGGACAGGACACAGCCCAGCUGGCUUCCCCCGCCCCAGGCUAACAGGAUAGGACAGGACACAGUCCAGUUUGCUUCCCACCAUCCCAGGCUAACAGGCUAACAGGCUAGGACAGGACACAGACCAGUUGACUUCCCACCGCCCCAGGCUAACAGGCUAGUACAGGACACAGUCCAGUUGGCUUCCCACCGCCCCAGGCUAACAGGCUAAAAGGCUCACAGGACAGGACACAGUCCAGUUGGCUUCCCACCGCCCCAGGCUAACAGGCUAAAAGGCUAACACUACAAGGCUAAAAUUCUUUGAAGGCAAGAGGGACUGUUCUCCUCAACCCAGAUGUCUGGAUAACUGAAAGCUGUUAAUCAGCUACUCAAUAUCUUGUUCACCUCCAUUGACAACAAGGAAUCUCAUCUAGAAGAUUCUAAGAACCGUAGGACCGUAGUCUCUCAUUGCAUAUAUAUGUGGUAAAGAGGUCAAUGGAACUCAACCAAAAUAAUGGAAAUGCCAUGGAAACGUGUGGGGGAAAGAUGCCAUGGGGGAAAGAUCCUUUCAUUGCCCCCCAGCAACAUUAGCCUACGUUUAGGCUAUUGUUUCACACUCUGUUGAGGUAGAAAUCGAAGUAUAAUGCUUGUAUUGAUGUCAACCCCAAUACAUGUUAAUUUCAUCGUCACCAAUCAGCUGCGUUAAAGUUGAAAACUACUUUGACUACCACUACCAAUUUCUGUAUGCUAGCUAUGCUACCAGCUGAUACGAAUGGGAGUUACUAUUUAGCAGUCACAUCUUCUAAAUCUGAAAAGGGGCAACUUCUAAAUGUUAUGCAGUGAAAACAGACAAAUAUAUCCAAAUCGGAUUUAAAUUACCACAUUUUGAGCCUAUUGCAAUACAUCAAUUAUGACGGAUUUGACAAAUAUUCACUUUGUUAGAUCAGAUUUGUUUGAAUGUGCACCAAUCCAGCGUUGUCCCCCGCCCCCUCCCCUCCCCCCUGUCUGCAUUCCAUUGACCUCUUUACCAGAACAUUCUAGAAUGUGUCUAAUUAAAAUGUCUACCUGCUUUCCCUCAACCAUUACAUAUAGCUUUUCUCUAGCUGUCGACAGAGUGGAUAACCAACCAUGUUAUUUUCUGCCAUUAUUUACAUCACUUUAUCAAUGGUAUGGACCGAUCAAGUAUCACGUCACGUCAAGAUGUCCUUUUGCUUCAAGAUUGAGCAUUUGAAAUACCUUUCCAAUGGACUGAGAUUUAGAUUGACUGAGAAGUGUCACUGUCAAGCCCUCCCUGACUAUAGCUCCCGGGUUGUGUCUUAUUUUGACAUUGUACCAUAUGAGUUGUUGAUGCACACAACUAUACCAUUCUAUAUUUAUAAUGAGAAGAAGUGAUUUGUCUCUCUAAGGAUGUACUAUGUGAUCAUUAUUGAUCCUCAGGGCAGUCAUUACUCAUUACAAUACUCUGUUUAGUAGCUACUCUAUGCCACAGAAUAGGAAAAUAAGGUUUAUAGACUUCCCCCUCGGGUUUGAUGAGCAAUAUGAGUCCAAUUUCAGACCACAGACCCAAGGAGUUGAACCUCUUUACAUUUUAAUGCCUUAAAUAGUUUCACUGCUUCCAUCCAUGUUGUUAUUUGACUACUUUGGACUGUGAGUAAUAGUUUCACUGCUUCCAUCCAUGUUGUUAUUCGACUACUUUGGACUGUGAGUAAUAGUUUCACUGCUUCCAUCCAUGUUGUUAUUCGACUACUUUGGACUGUAAGUAAUAGUUUUGCCUUUCAGGAAUGGCGUCCCCAAACAAGUGUAUGUCAGGGUUAAUAACUUGGUGGUUAUAAUCAGUUAUAACACAGGUGGUCGAGGCUGCCAUUCUACCCAGUGCCUGAGAAGCAGAGUUUAAACCACAUGGUUUCAAAUCUGGUGAAAUGACACUUGCCUUUUAUAUAUGACGAGAACAAACCAAUAUAUAUAUGACUAGAACAAACCAAUAUAUAGUCCGUUGCUUCUUCCUACUACUACAUGUAGGUUGUUUAUUUACACUAAAGGCUGUGGUUAAUAUAAACAUGUGCUUAUUUCUGUAAACCAUGAUUAUAGAAUUUAGUCUCCAGUAUUUUAAAUAAUUUAAACGGUUAUAUUUUCUAUUAUGAAAAUCAUUAUAUUAUUUUUUGUCUUUUUAAUGAUUGUGACUGAAACUGUUGUUUAAUGAGAGCGUGAUGUUUUGAUGAGACAAGCAGGACAUCUCUUGGUACUUCUGUUACUGAAGGAUGAAUUGUUAUUUGGGUCUUUAUGGGAGGGAGGGUGACAUUGUCUCACGUCAGAUGGGGUCACUCCUCCGCGAUGCUUGUACCUCAACCGGUCUUGUAGGACGUGGAACUCAUAUUCAAAUUUCAAUAUUGAGCAUCCGCCAUUCAACAAAUUAAAACAUAGUCCCUUAUUAUUAUUUUAUUUUUUACAUCACAGCGCUCUCGUAUGAUUCUCCGUGAAAUAGGCAGAUUAACUAGCUAGCUAAAUUAUUAAAAACGUUGUGACAGUGAUUUAAUAGUUUGCAAUUGUGAGAAAAUAAAAGCAACCCUUCUGCUCAAAUUCUGUGGCAGGACCGUUGGUCGCCAGGCAGUGACUUGAUCAGCUAUCUGUUGUAGCUCGCUAGCUUACUGACAUAGUUAGCUAGCUAGUCAGCUAGCUCUUCCGUCACUGACAUAUACAAGCUUGCUUAGCCUGUUUAAAUGACCCUGGAGUUGUAGACAUGCAGCCCCACAAUGAAUAGGAAGUAGCUGUUAACAGAAAUCAGUCCACAGAUCAGCAUGUUUCUCCGGAUCGUAUUGUUGGGUCAGCUGACUCGAGAGGCUCCUGCUUCAUGAAAAAUCAUAAUAAUGGAAGCAUUAGCACUACUAGCUACAGUAGCUUGCUAGCUAGCUUUUGUUGGAAGAUUCACCAUUGUGUGUGCAGCACUAAGCAGGUAGCUGGUUGGUUAGCAGUGUCGUUUCAGUCCAGAUGAUUUCAGGGACUGGCUCAGCUGUUGGACAAAUGUAUGCUUUCGUGCCCAUUGUCAAACUUCAGAAAUGCUGCUCAUUGAAGCACAAUAAUCAUUAGCUAGCUGUAAAAAUGGGGCGACUAAGACUUCCUCACCAAAAAACAUCAACAUUAUUGACAUACUGUAUUUGUGGUUUUACCAUAGCUGAAUUCAGACAGUUCUGAGGCAGGAAUGAGGUUCAGCGGAUGAUGUCUCUUAGGUAAUACAUGUUCUAACGUCGUGACAGCCCGUUGUAGCCGGGCUUCUUUUGAUCUAUCCCAUGAUCCUUUGCGAGAUACAAGACGGAUCAGUGCAGGCGGAAUCCAUGUGCUAUCUGAUGGAAGACAAUGGGAGGCUGAGGUAUUUACUGUGUGUAAUUCUAAUAGUCAGGAUGAGAGGGUCAGUACUAUAAGCAGACACAGGCUGUUUCUCAGCUCUGUGUGUGCGUCUGAAUUGGCACCCUAUUCCUUAUAUAGUGCACUACUUUUGACAUGUUCCAAAUGGCACCCUAGUCCCUAUAUAGUGCACUACUUUUGACCAGGGCCCUAUGGCACCCUAGUCCCUAUAUAGUGCACUACUUUAGACUGGGACCUAUAGGGAAUAGGGUACCAUUAGGGAUGCCACCCUGUCUGUUUUUUCUGGCCAGCUGCCGGCAGCCACACCAGAACUACUGGUAUGUUCCCCUUGACCAUUACUGUACUUAUGACAUGUUUCUGUUUAUUUGGAGAGAGGAGAGAGAAAAAGAGAAACAAUCUGGAAAUGAUUUUUUGUUGUAACUGGAUUUACAAGAUGCUUUAAUAAAUGAUUGUAUUUAUAACCUG